AUGGCCGAAAUAAUAUCUAGCUUCUGGGGUCCGGUCACAUCAACAACAGAUUGCUGUGAAAAGAAUUAUGCAUAUUCAUCUUAUAUUGCAGAAUUUUAUAACACAAUAUCCAACAUUCCAACCAUUCUUUUGGCUCUUAUUGGUCUUAUAAGUGCUCAUACACAACGGUUUGAGAAAAGAUUUUGUGUUCUUCACCUAUCGAUUAUGGCAUUUGCCAUUGGAAGCAUGUUGUACCAUGCUACACUACAACAUGUGAAACAGCAGAGCAAUGAAACUCCAAUGAUGUGGGAAAUUCUGCUAUACAUCUACAUCCUCUAUUCCCCAGAUUGGCACUACCCUCGUACAAUGCCAAUCUUCCUAUGUUUAUACGGUGCCAUUUUCGCCAUAGUUCAUUCAGUGCUCCGUUUUGGAAUAGGCUUCAAAGUCCACUAUGUAAUUCUCAGCCUCCUCUGCAUUCCUAGAAUGUACAAGUACUACAUUUACACUGAUGAUGUGUGCGCUAAGUGCCUUGCACGACUUUAUGUAGCCACUCUUCUGUUGGGAAGUUUAGCUUGGUUAAGUGAUCUUGUUUUCUGCAACAAGAUAUCAAGUUGGCCAAUUAAUCCACAAGGUCAUGCUUUGUGGCAUGUCUUCAUGGGCUUCAACUCCUACUUUGCUAACACAUUCUUGAUGUUUUGCCGUGCUCAACAAUGUGGCUGGUCUCCAAGAAUUGUCCGUUUAAUGGGUGUUUUGCCCUAUGUCAAGAUUCAGAAGCCAAAACGACAGUAA